AUGGAAGAAGAGACAGUAGCAAGUCCAGAGGUAGCAGUGGUGAAGGUUGUUGAAGACAAAAACAGCAGUGCUGAGCCCAUUAAGGUGACAAAUGGGGAUUUAAAACAAGUGGCGAAAGAAUCAAAGAAAGAAGAAGAAGAAACUGUCUUGGAUGGAGAAUUUAUCAAGGUAGAGAAGGAGUCCAUAGACAUAAAGCAUGCUGAAACAGCGUCUGUUGAAGGCAACAAGCUAUCUGUCAUGGAACGAAGCCCAAGAAUUUCAUCUGAUAGCAGAGAAUUUCUGGAAGCGCAAGAAACUGUGACAGACCUUCAGCAUGAAUUGGAAAGAGUAGCUGGAGCACUAAAGCAAUAUGAAUCAGAGAAUACACAGCUUAAGGACGAAGUCUCACUUACAAAGGAGAAGCUGGUGGAAACUGGGAAGAAAUAUGAAGAGCUUGAACUUAAUCACAAGAAAUUGCAAGAGGAGAUCUUGGAAGCAGGAGAGAGACACACUGCCCAGCUUAACGCUUUGCAAGAGGCGUUGCAAGCUCAAGAAAUGAAACACAAGGACCUGACCAAUGUGAAGGAAUCAUUCGACAGUCUUAGUCUUGAGUUCGAGAGUUCAAGAAAGAAGAUGGAGGUGCUAGAGCAAGAGCUGCAAACAUCGACAGGGGAGGCACAGAAGUUUGAGGAGUUGCAUAAGCAAAGUGGUUCACAUGCUGAGUCAGAGACGAAGAGGGCCUUGGAGUUCGAGAAGUUGCUUGAACUGGCGAAAUCAAGUGCAAAAGAAAUGGAAGAUCAAAUGGCUUCUGUACAAGUAGAGCUCAAGGGCCUAUAUGAGAAGAUUACUGAAAAUGAGAAAGUUGAAGAAGCACUCAAAACUACUACAGCUGAGCUUUGCAAAAUUCAAGAAGAGAUGGAGAUAUCAAAAUCACAAGUUUUGGAAAUGGAGAAGAGGCUCACUUCAAAGGAAGCUCUUAUAAAUGAACUGAAUCAAGAGUUGGAUCUGAAAAAGGCCUCUGAAUCUCAGGCCAAGGAAGACAUUUCGGCGCUUGACAAUCUGCUUUUAUCAACCAAGGAAGAUCUUCGAGGAAAGGUCUCUGAGUUGGAAGAAAUCAAGCUGAAACUCGGGGAGGAAGUAAGGACAAAGGAGCAGGUUGAAGUUGGGUUGAAAAACCAGGAAGCACAGGUCUCCGUGGUAAGGGAGGAAUUGGCCAUGGUUACCAAAGAGAAAGAAGCUCUUGAAGCUUCAGUGGCUGAUCUAACAAACAAGGCAGUACAUAUGAAGGAGUUGUGUAGAGACCUUGAGGCGAAGUGGCAGCUGUCUGAUGAGAACUUUUCUAAAGCAGAUUCUCUGUUGUCGCAAGCUUUGGCAAAUAAUGCAGAGCUGGAACAGAAGUUGAAAUCUCUGGAAGAGCUCCACCAUGAAUCUGGUUAUGCAGUGACUACUACUACACAAAAGAAUCUUGAACUUGAGGACAUGUUAAGAGCUUCCAGUGCUGCAGCCGAGGAAGCAAAAUCAGAACUAAGGGAGUUUAAGACAAGUUUUAUGGCAGCAGAACAGAAGACUGUUGAGCUAGAGCAACAGCUAAAUGUGGUGGAAUUGAAAAACAGUGAUGCUGAAAGAGAAUUGCAAGAGUCGUCUGAAAAAAUAUCUAAACUCAAUGCUACUCUGAGUAAGGUUGAGGAAGAAAAGAAACAGCUGAGCACCCAGAUGCAAGAGUACCAGGAGAAAAUAAGCCUACUGGAGUCUGACUUGAGUCAGUUAUCUGCACGUAAUUCAGAGCUCGAGUUGGAGUUAAAGAAUACUGCAGAGAAAUGUGCUGAACACGAGGGACGAGCCAAUGUAAUCCAUGAGCGCAGCCUUGAACUCGAAGAUUUCAUGAAGAUAUCACAUUCUAAAGGAGAGGAAGCUAGCAAAAAGGUGACUGAGUUGGAGCUUUUGCUUGAUGCCGAGAAAUACAGAAUCCAAGAGCUUGAAGAACAGUUAAGCUACUUUGAGAAGAAAUGUGGGGCUGCAGAAGUGGAAUCUAAGAGACACUCCAAUGAGGUAUCUGAACUCGAAGAGGAACUCAAAGCAUUACAAUCAAAAGCAUCAAGCCUCGAGGCCGCACUGCAGAUGGCUAACGCAAAGGAAAAAGAAUUGGCUGAAUGCUUGAAUGUAAAAACAGAUGAGAAGAAAACUAUAGAAGAUGCAUUGGUAAAUUCAACUGGGAAGCUUGCUGAAGCAGAAAAUCUGCUAGAAGUCUUGAGGAAUGAAUUAAAUCUGACUCAACGGAGACUUGAAGGCAUCGAAAGUGAUCUUAAGGCUGCUGGACUGAAAGAAAGUGAAGUUAUGGAGAAGCUUAAGUAUGCCGAGGAACAAUUAGAGAGACAAGGCGGAGUAUUAGAGCAAACUACUGCAAAACACGCAGAGCUUGAGUCUUUACAUGAAACCCUAACUAGGGAUUCUGAGCUGAAACUCCAAAAGCAAUUGGAAAUUUCACCAGCAGAGAUUCUGAGGCAAAAUCUUUGUAUGAGAAAGUGA